GGAGCUGCUUUCUUUGCAAAGGAAUGUCGCCGCUUUCUCCGUGUCGGGAUGGAGGUUUGACAGAUGUUUUCAGCAAAAGCUGUCGGGUCUGCGGGUUUUAAUUUUUAAUUAAAUAAACAUGAUGAUAAAGACAACAUGAUAGCUGCCUCCACCUUGUUGCUUGAAAGAAUGGCCCCUUAAAUCCAUCAGCCGUCAGUCAUCCUGAUAGCUGUUACUUUUUCCUCCCUCCAGUUGUUCUGUAACACUGUGUCAGAGGAGUUCCACCGUAUUACAAUCUAUAAGUGCAGAUACGCAGGUGAAGCCUCAUCAAGAUGUUUUCAGCGCUGAAGAAGUUGGUGGGAUCUGAGCCAGGACAGCUCCGGGAAAAGACCAUUCCCGCUGGUCUGCAGUCUAUGAACCAAAGUUUACAGAGGCGAUUCGCCAAAGGGGUCCAGUAUAAUAUGAAAAUAGUUAUCCGUGGAGAUAGGAAUACUGGCAAGAGUACACUCUGGCAUCGACUGCAGGGCAAGAAAUUUGUGGAGGAGUACAUACCCACUCAGGAGAUCCAAGCCACAAGUAUCCAUUGGAAUUACAAAACAACUGAUGAUGUGGUGAAGGUAGAGGUGUGGGACGUGGUUGACAAAGGCCAAAAAUAUCCUCUGCCUGAAGGUGUAGGCAGAGGCAAAAAGCGUGGAGACAACUUGAAACUGGAGAAUGAGCCCCAAGAGUCUGAUGAGGUGGCACUGGAUGCAGAAUUCCUGGAUGUGUACAAGAACUGUAAUGGAGUAAUCAUGAUGUUUGAUAUUACCAAACAAUGGACAUUUAACUACAUCAUGAGGGAACUGCCUAAAGUACCCACUCAUGUACCAGUGUGUGUGUUGGGAAACUACAGGGACAUGGGCGAGCACCGCGUUAUCCUCCCCGAUGAUAUUAGAGAUCUGAUUGCUGGACUGAACAGACCAAUGGGAUCUUCCUACAUCCACUAUGCAGAGUCUUCUAUGAAAAAUGGUUUUGGCUUGAAAUAUCUGCACAGGUUUUUCAACAUUCCUUUCUUGCAACUGCAGAGAGAGACCCUCCUGAGGCAGCUGGAGACUAAUCAGCUGGACAUGGAUGCAACGUUGGAGGAACUCACUGUCCAGCAGGAGACUGAAGAUCAAAACUAUGACAUUUUCUUGGAGAAUUUGGAGUCUCGCAAUAAGGGCUACAGUUCCCCGGGUCCAGCCAAUGGUCAGAGUCCCUCCUCAGGCUCUCAGUCCCCCAUCGUCCCUCCCAGUGGGGCCUCAACAGGCAGCUCUAGCCCCAGCUCUCCUCAGCCCCCUGUCCCCUCCCAGAUUCUCACACAGUCACCAUCCGCGUCCACAUCAUUGCCCCCACCUCCUGUGGCAGCUGUUAGUGCAACAGCUUCACCUAUUGCUGAUCCUUCAGCCCAGUCACCUGAACACAAUCAGUCCUCCACUGUAUCUGGACUGUCGGCACUUCAGAAACGAAGCUUCAUCUCCCGGUGGUUCGGUUCUUCCCCAGCUCCUGAGGGUUCUGCUCCUGCAGCAGAUGAGCCUCCUGUACCAGUUUGUCCUGUGAAGGUCCAGAGCGUGGAUGACUUUGUACCAGAUGACAGACUGGACAAAAGCUUCCUGGAGGACAGCCUGCCCUCCAAGGCCAAGGUGUCUCAACCGGCAGCAGUUCCACCUGUGGACAGUGACAGUGACAGUGAAGACCAUGGAAACCCCAUGGUGUCUGGUUUUAUGGAUGAGCUCGACCUUGACACAGAGCCCAGUCUUCCCCAGCCCAACACUGUGCCUCCCAGCAAACAUAUUACUCUGACCAGUGACGAGGAGGAGGGAGUACCAACAGGUCCCACCAUCACCAAGGACCAAAACCUGGACAGUGAUCCUGAACUCAAAACGCCCGUGAUCCUUAUCACAAAGCCAAAGGUGGCGUCUAAAUCUCUGGAUCCCAAAGGCCAGAGUGGCGUGCCCAUUUCCCUCACUCUGACGCCAGCCUCAGCAGCAGAGCAGCCAGCCCAACAGCAAGCCAAGAAGAAGGGCAGUACGCCCAAGUCUCCGGACUCUGAUACAGAUCCCGACGCCCCUGUAGCCCAGCAGAUGCUUUCUUUUGUUAUGGAUGACCCUGACUUUGACUCCGAGGCAUCAGAUACACCAAAAAAAGCAAAGGAUUCAUUUCCAGUCAGGGAUGAGCUUCUCUCAGACCUCUCUGAUGAUGACAUGCAGUUAGCCAAGGUUCCAGACCCAAUGAAGCCCACUGUGAUCACCUUCAAACACAACGAUGACACUGACCUGUUUGGGCUUGGCAUCCGAGAGGAAGCACCAGCAGCCAAGGACAGCAGUGAGGAGCAUGAAGAGAAAGAAAGCAAACACUCCUCCAAAGAAAAGAAGAAAAAGAAGAAGAAAAGCAAAGAGGAGGAUGAAAAGAGUAAGAAAAAACACAAACACAAGAAAAAAGAAAAAGACGAGGUGGGAGCAGUGGAUGACAAAGAGAAAAAGAAAAAGAAAUCUCGACCCAAGAAGACUGAAGUGGAUGAGCUGGAGGACUUCCUGGGAGGAGGGGCGCGGUCAUCAAAUAGAGAUGGCGAUGAUUACGAAGAACUAUAAAAACUCCAUUUUGUUUUGGAAAUUGAGCCGCAGAACAGCAGCAAGGCACUGGGUUGUUCAAAAACCUCUUAUCUUUGACUUGUAUGUGCAUAAGCAGCAUCUCCAAGCCAUACGCAAUACAAAAGGCUACUAAUGACACCCAGGUAAAAAUAAUCCACGACUCUGGUAUGUUCCUUCUGAUAGAUUUUUUUUUUCCUUCCUUCCUUCCUUCCAUCUGCACUGCUGCUGUCACUUCCAUUCCAACAAUAAGAAAGGCGACAAAGCCGACAUGUACUGUAGUGAGUUAUGACAUUUGGGAAUUGAUUCUUUGUACUUUGACACUAUUGAAUAUAUAGACCUAAGUAUUUUUCGCUUAUUUGAUACUCGUUAAAUGAUCCGCACUUCAAAUUGGCCGGUGUAAAUAGGAUUACAAUGUUGUCUGAAUGUUUGUGUGCUUGGUGUAAUAUUUGCGAGCAUGCGGUUACAACUGAUUCAGAGAUCACACCAGGUGGUGUUUUUUUUUUUUUUUAGUCUUUUCUGUGGGAUUAGGUUUGGGUAAGAAGUGUUAAACAUUACUUCUUUGGUGUCUUAUGACACAAGAUGGCACCGCAAUAAAACACGUGUCCACAGUUUGCAGUAUAAAUUAAAUUUGUUAUAAUAUCUGGGUUAUUUAUAAUUUGUAGGAAUGAACAAUCAUGAAUAUUUGAACCCAGAAACAUUCUAAUACUUUAAUAAAGAAGACGUCAUAAAUAUCCAUGCAGGCAGAGUAAGGCUGAACACUAUUUGGGAAAACAAAAUAAAAUAGAGCCUUUAA